AUUUCUUUUCCUGUUCACGUAUAUAAUUUUUCAAACCAAAAUUUCAGCCAGCUGCAAAAGAAGAAGCUUAUAUAUGUGCAGGGUACAAAGUUCAUAUAUUUCAGUCUUUUGACUCUUUCAAUUCAACCUUUGUAGCUUUUACUUUGUAAGACAUAUAAAUUGGUGGCGGGCUAAUACGCGGAAUAACCAUGAAAAUUUGAUCCAUGGAAACUAUAUAUCUAAAACCCAAUUGUGUAAAAUACUAAUUAAAAAACAUUUUCAUUUUUUCCUUCAUAUCUCAUUUAACAAAAUAUCAAUUUUUCCCUUGAAAGUUUAUAUGAAUAUCCAUGGAUUAUAGAAGUUCAGUUUCGUUUUCCUUACUGAUUUGUUUCUUCUUCUUCUUCUGUUUUUGCUUCUCUUUCACCAUCUCAUCCCCGACCGAUUUCUCUUACACUUCCUUCUCGGCCAACGACAACAACAUCACCGUUGAUGGUGCAGCCUCAAGAGAAACCGUUAAUGGCCACCAAUCAAUACGGCUCACAAGCAAUCAGGUCAAUUCCCAAGUUUUCAAUGACACGGGUCGAGCUUACCAUUCCAAACCCAUCCAACUCUGGGACCCCACCACUAAUCUCACCACCAAUUUCACCACCCAAUUUGAGUUUUCGAUCCAGUUCGUUGAUGGUUGGAACCAAAGCACACCCAACGGUGGUAUUGCCUUCUUCUUAGCUUCACAGAAUUCUUCAGUUACUAGUCCAUCAAAUUCUUAUGGAGGCUGGUUGGGUCUAUUCAAUCAGACGACUGAUGGGAAUUCUUCAAAUCAGAUGGUUGCGGUUGAGUUCGAUACAUAUCAAGAUCAGUGGGACCCAAGCGACAACCAUGUUGGUAUUGAUGUAAAUUCCAUUGUCUCUGAGAAAAACCUCACUUGGAGUAAUACCAUGGUGAGUGGGGAUACUUUACUGGCUACCAUCUCAUAUGAUGGUUCUUCUAAAGAUCUAAAAGUUCACCUGAAAGAUCCACAAGUUCCAGUUGAUGAUGGAUCUUUAACUCUCACUCACAACGUGGAUCUUAGACAGUUUCUGCCUCCGCAAAUAAUUGUUGGGUUUUCGGCAUCUACUGGAAAUGCAAUCCCAGUUCAACUGAUACGGACUUGGAAUUUCACUUCAACUUUGGAAAUGACAAUAAACGACAACAAAGGAAAAGAGAGUUCUAAGAUAUGGUUGGUGGGUUUAGUUAUUGGAUUGGCGGUUUUGGUUAUUGGGUUGAGUUCCAUUGGUGUUGUGUAUUGGAGGAAAACGAAAAGAAGGAAGCAAGAGGAAGAAUUUGAUGAUGAGGAAAUGGGGAUCAUAGAUGCCAUGGACGAAGACUUUCAAAUGGGAACAGGACCGAAAAGGUUUGCCUACAAAGAACUGGUGGUGGCUACAAAUAACUUCUCGGAGGAAGGGAAACUUGGUCAAGGAGGUUUCGGUGGGGUCUACAAAGGGCAUUUGUCAGAAUUGAACAUGGAAAUCGCAGUGAAAAAGAUAUCAAACAGUUCAAAGCAAGGGAAAAAGGAGUACAUUUCGGAGGUCAAGACCAUCAGCAGGUUGAGACACAGGAAUUUGGUUCAACUAGUGGGUUGGAGCCAUGAACGUGGCAACUUCUUAUUGGUCUACGAGUACAUGCCCAACGGCAGCUUAGACAACCAUUUAUUCAGCAAGAAUAUUGACACUAACACCCAUCUUUCAUGGCCUCUGAGAUACAAAAUCAUCCAUGACUUAGCCUCUGCGAUUCUCUAUCUACACGAAGAAUGGGAACAAUGCGUUGUUCACAGAGACAUCAAAUCGAGCAACGUUAUGUUGGAUUCCAAUUUCAACGCAAAACUAGGCGAUUUUGGGCUAGCCAAGCUAAUUGACCACGAGCUUGGGUCGCAAACCACUGUUGUGGCUGGGACCAUGGGCUAUAUGGCUCCAGAGUAUAUGAUCACGAGCAAAGCUAGCAAAGAAUCCGAUGUGUUUAGCUUUGGAAUCGUGGCAUUAGAGAUGGGUUGUGGAAGAAAAGCAGUGGAGCCGAAAGCUGAAGAAUCCAAAGUCAGUUUGGUGAAUUGGGUUUGGGAGCUGAAUGGAAGAGGCAGAGUUGUUGAAGCGGCUGAUGAAAAGUUUGGUGGGGAAUACGACAGUGAAGAGAUGUGCCGUUUGUUGAAGGUUGGGUUGUGGUGUGCUCAUCCGGAUCACAAUUUACGACCUUCUAUAAGGCAGGCCAUUCACGUUCUCAAGUUUGAAGCUCCAUUGCCUCGCCUUCCGUCAACAAUGCCUGUGCCUAUGUUUUUUCCCCAACCGGGUUCGAGUAUGUCCGGUCUAGUUUCUUCGUCUUAUGUUUGGACCGGCACAGAUGAAAAUCCAACUGCCGUGCGUUCAACGGUCUUCGGCCCACAAUGACUUUUCUUGUGGAUCUUCACCCAAGAGGGAUUUUUUUUUUUUUUUUUCCUCUUAUUUUUGCUGUAAAGAUUUAACUUCAAUUAUUUGUGAGAUGAAUAUAUCAAAAAAAAAAAAAAAAGAAAAGAAAAGAAAAGAAAGAUUUCAAAAUAUUUAAAAAUUUUCAGAUUU